AUGAAACUUAAGGAGGAAGAGUUGAACUCAACUAUUAUCAAAUUGGAAAACAAUAUAUCUACUUUAAAAAAAAGUUUGGCAAAUGAAGAGUCACAGAAGCUAAAUGCCAUUGAUUUUCACAAUAAAGAAAAAGAAGCUAGGAUGGCUUUAGAAAAGAAUCAAGAUUCUCUAAAGGAGAAGCUUUUAAAGGCUGAACAGAAUGCAUCGAUUGCUAAUGAGAAGGUCAAAACACAAGAAAAUAUGUAUAAGAGGUUGCAAAAUGAACUCACUUCUGCUAAAGAUUCACGAGAUGAUGCAGUGAAACAAAAAGAAAUUGCUGUAAAAGAGGUGGCUAUCCUCAGAGAUGAAUUGACUCAACUAAGGGAAGAUCGUGAACGCCACCUGUCACAAUUACAGGAGUUGGGUUCUGAAAUUGUGAGAUAUAGAUACAGAGAAAAGGAAAGAGAAAGAACAGGGCACACUGCUGCUGCUGAGUGUAGUAUAUUCAGGUUAAAAUCGGUUGCUAUGGAGAAGACUUGUUCCUCUCAAAGAGAACAAAUAUCUGUGCUCCAACAUCAGUUAGAUGCUGCAAAUAAAAAAAUAAAGGAGCUAAAAGGGAAGAACAUAAUGUAUCAAUAA